AACGGUGGAUAUUAACAGCCGCUCACGUAAUAUAUGAUUUUGCUAUUAGUGAUGUAAAAAUCUACCCGGGCAAAUUGUUUAUCGACGACAAUGAUUAUGAAAAUGGUUAUAAUAUUGAGAAAACAGUUAUCCAUUACAUGUAUCCCAGGAGACGACUCUCGGCUUACGAUAUGGCACUCAUCAAACUUACAGCUGACUUACCGCUUAGCAGCCAACUGUCCACUAAUGGUCAUAACUAUCGGACACUAUUGAACGGUAUAUGUUUGCCACCGUUGGAUGCACUCAAUAGCGAGGAUGAGUUCGCACUGAUGGCCGGUUAUGGUUAUGUAAACAGGGAUGAGAAAAGUGAUAGACUUAAAAUUGGUUACAUUAGGAUUAAAAAGACUUAUAAUAAUGCCAGUGAUUAUUGGCGUAUGAUUAUACUCGGGGAACGGUAUCCAUCAUAUAACGGAACAUUUUCAUGUUCGGGUGAUUCUGGUGGCCCAUUGUAUCAGUAUGUAAACGGUAGGGCCGUAUUGAUUGGCAUAACUCAUGGCCGCAGUGGUAGGAAUCACAAGUGCGAUAAAAUCAAUGACGGGGUUUACGUUUGUGACAGUGUAGCUGGCUCAAAUUAUAGCUUGAUUGAUGUCCCUGAUAAUAUUACUUGUUUUAAUAAGACAGUCGAUGAUAUUGUUAAGAAAACCAUUGAAUCGCGUAAUUAUUAUUAUAAAGCAUUCAUAAUAAGCACAUCACUACUGAUGACAGUAUCCGCGAUAGGACUGGCCAUUGGUUUGGCCAUCAAUUAUAGGACAACACAUCCGUGUAAUAAUAGACGUGUUAUCCGUUGGAUUAGUAUUGGACGCGAGUUAAUGAAUCCAUCGUAA